UCGUCAAACAAUCAGUAAACGUUAUCCUUCCUGGAUGGUUGUACAUGCCACAUAAGCCAACAGAAGUUGCUUUUUGACUUUCUUCAAGUGGACUACAUGUUCUCCAUGCUCUGAUGUCCACUUCCAGGCCCAGGCACUACAAAACAUGGAUAAACAACCUACCCACAGUUAAAGAGGCUUCAAGGCAGGCAGAUCCUACCAACUGUUCUGAAGUGAAAAACUAAUCUGUCUGGACACGACCACAGAUGAAAGAAAGCCGUAUGUCAUGAAUCUGACAACAAUUGAUGCAAGUGAUCUCACAGAAACAGAGAGAAGUAGGGUGGAGAUCGGUCUGCUCUCUGUCCUCAUAUUCUUAAUAAUCCUCAUCGCCAUCACCGGCAACACGGCCGUCAUAUUUGCCAUCUAUACGAGUCACAGACUUAAGGAGGAGAUUUCCAACAUGUUCAUCGUCAACCUAAGCAUCACAGACCUCACCUCUGCUGUGGUCGUCUUGGGCUCCGCUCUGGUAGCCAUGAGUACAGACCGUUGGCCAAUGGGGCAGGCAUGGUGUGACAUUGUGUGUUACGUCAACUACUGCAUGAUCAUCGUGUCCAUGCUCAACCUGUGCUUCAUCAGCGUGGACCGCUACAUCGCAAUAGUACACUCGCUGCAUUAUAAUUUACUCAUGACUAGGCGCAAAGUCUUCCUUAUGAUUGCAUACUCGUGGUUUCAAGGAUCAAUGUUUGGAUGCGUCCCAGUGAUCUUCCGCUGGGUCAAAUAUGAUUACUGGGAAGCAAUAUGUGCAAUUCAGUGGCACAAACAACGGGAGAAAGCUCUGUACUACGUCAUCAUCGCUUUUAUCAUGUGUUUCUUGGUACCUGGGCUCAUACUGAUCAUUUGCUAUUGUCAAAUCCUCAAAACUAUCAAAACAAAACAACAAGCGAUCACUCGAGUCUCUGACAGUCCAAGGGUCAGGGUCAAGUACAGCACCAGCUCCAAAGCCAUGUAUGGUUUGCUGGUCGUCGUAGUGGCCUACUUCGUCUGCAUGACGCCGUUCAGUGUCACGAAACUAUACAAGGUAGCAGCAGAUGAAGACAAUGUGCUGCCAGGCUAUGUCAACCUCACAGCAAGUCUAACUGGCUACUUAUCCAGUGCAGUAAAUCCGCUAAUCUAUGGGAUAUUCAGGAAGGAUUUUCGUAAAGCUUUUAAGUUGGUGUUGAAAAAAAUACUUGCUGAAAGAGCAGUUGCCCCUGCAAACCAAGAUAUAGAUUUGAUGGAGUCCACCUAAAAAACUAUCUGUACAAACCUUUGAACAUAUGUGCUUCAACCAUGCCAGGCCAAUCUGCCUGCUAUUAAUCAGAGAUUGACAGAUUCCACAUACAGUUUGUUUACGUAAUUUAUCGUCAACUUGGUAUCAGACAUACAAUCCAACAUUUAGGAAAGAUCUAUUCGGUUUGCUUAUUAGUAUCUGUAGUGAUAAGAUGGGAAGUUGGAGAUUGUAAUUAACAGAUUAAAGGUGCUUAUACACAGAAAUGUUUGAACAAUUUUUUAGCACUUAUUUUUGUAAUACUUGUACAUAUCCGCAAAACUAUUCAAAUAAAAUUACCUGAAUAGUCCCUUUAACUGUCCACUUAUCAAAAACUUCAAAGAAUGUCAAUGCAGGAAGGGAAGAGAAGAUUUGUCCUUUCAGACAACACUGUUCACCUUUCCUAUAAAUGCCACCAGAACCGUAAUCAUAUUAUCACUUGGGACAUGAUAUUUUUAUUUUACAAUCAAUGCUUUGACAAAAAGAACUUGUAAGCCAAGUAAGUAAAACAAGGAGACUUAAUGCUCAACAUGGACAUACAUUCAAACCUAUUUAGUAUUAUCUCAAACCUAGGGGGAUUAGUUGUAACUUCAAAUAUCGGGACAUUGGAGAUAAUGAGGCAUGGACAUUCAGACAACAAGUAACAGUAUUACAGAACCAUGGCAGU